AUGAACAUCGUCAGCCUCCAAACCCCCUCUAGCGGCGCGCCUACGCCUGCACCGUCAUUCAUGCCACUGUUCACGGAUGAGAACAGUCGCUGGGCAGCCGUGCGAUCACGCGACAGCAGCGCAGAUGGCUCCUUUGUCUACGGCGUUCGAUCCACCAAGAUCUACUGUCGGCCGAUUUGUAAGGCAAGGCUCGCUCGACGCGCCAAUGUGACCUUCUACGACAGCAUCCACGAAGCUCGCGACGCUGGCUUCAGGGCGUGCAAGCGAUGCAAGCCGGACGCGGAAGGCUUCAUGCCAGAGGAGACGGCCGUCUACAAGAUCAGGGAGUUUAUGAAUAAGAGCGACGACGUCAGUGGGUCGGGUCGCAGCAUGAGUCUGGGCGACAUGGCGCGGGCCACUGGCUUGAGCAAGUGGCACUUUCACCGCGUGUUCAAGAAGUGUGUAGGCAUGACACCAGUAGAUGCCGGCGGUGUGUUCAGACCCGUGGCGUUUGAGCAGUGUCUCACGACUAUACCCCUGUCGAGUCUCUGUCUCCCCGCGACAUGA